CUAAGAAGCGUUCAAGUUACUCGAUAUCAAACCUACCGCUCCUUCCUUUGGCUUUCGAGCUUUGAUUUUCGAUCUCGUCUCUGCUACUGUGCAACUUUUACUUCUUCAUCUCCUUCUCCUGCUUCUGUGUCUCUCACGUGUGGAGCAAAUCGAUAAGAAAAUGAAUAAAAGAAAGAAAAUGAAGACAGUGCAAGAAAUGCAGCCGUGUAGGACGAUAGACUGGUCUGCUCUCCCUAGCGAUAUCGAGAACAAUAUCCUCUCAAGACUACCAGUGAAGUACCUCAUGAGAUUCAGGUGCGUAUGCAAACAUUGGUGCAAUUUAGUUACCAAUCCUCAUUUCAUCAAAUUGCAACUCAAUCAUUCAACCCAAGUCAAUAAAAUUCCCAAACUCAUCCGUAUUUCGAAUGCCACAGUCUACUCUAUAGACCUUGAGGCAUGUGUAGUUAAGUGCAUCACAACUCCUGGCCAGAGGAAGAUUAAACCGCAGAAAGAAAUUGUUUUACCUUUUAAAAAUUGGUCCUUGAAGUCCUUGAAGAUUGCAGGUUCAUGUAAUGGGUUACUCUGUUUUUCUUGUCCUUAUUCUAUUACUGUACAUUUGUUAAACCCAGUUACCAAAGAAUACAAGAGCUUGCCUUACCCAAAAUAUAUUAGUAGUUUGGACACUACUGUUUUUGGGUUCGGUUACAGUCCUAGAACCGAUGAAUACAAGGUGAUCAUUAUUUUAUAUUACGAGGUUGAACACUCUGUUCUUUGUGAUGGUGUCUAUGUGUAUACUCUUGGUAAGGAUUCUUCUUGGAGAUCAAUUGGAAAAACUGGGUAUAGGAUAAAUGACCCAAAUUUGCAUGCAUUAGUCAAUGGAGCUCUUCAUUGGAUGGCGAGUGGCCCAAUCCGUCACUCAAGUGUACCGAUUUCGUUUGAUUUUGGGGAUGAGAAGUUCAGGGAAUUUUCUAUGCCUAAAAGCUUCCGCCAAGGAGAGACCAACCAUCCCAUGGAAGUGGAGGAGUUGGGUGGUUUUCUUUCACUGCAUGGCUGCAAGGAUGGCUGGAAUUUCGACAUUUGGGUCAUGAAGGAUUAUGGUGAUGAAACAACAUGGACUAAAAUGUUUUCAGUUGCCCAAAUAUUGAAUGUGGUUCCGGAACCGUUUAAGCCUUUAUACAUUCUGAAGAAAGGUGAAGUCCUAUUUUGUGAAUGUGAGCAUGGUUUCUUUAUACUUGAUGUCGUGAAGAAAGCGACUCAUAGGCAUCGUUUUAGGUUGCCACCGUGGAACUUUCGUAGAGAAAUGUACUUUGAGAGUCUUGUUUCACUCAGGGCUCUUGGUGGAAUGGAUGGUGGUAAUGAAUAGGAGGGAAGGGAAAAGGAAGGAGGAAGCUUGGCAGUGGAGGCGACAUGUGAUUAGCUUGGGCAAAGGAACAACAACUAGAGUGAAGCCUUUGAAAUUUUUUGAUGCAUUUAGUAUUAAUUUAACUGUUUAAGUUUAUAUGUUUGAAUCGGGAAUGGAUAAGUACAUAUACUGUGAAAUCAAUGUAGACCAAUAGACGUCAAUGUUUAAUUAAUGUAGCCUCCUCUUUUAGAGACUUGCUUUGUUUUAAUAUAUGGCUUACACCUUUUUGUUUCA